AUGACAAAUAAGACAUCGAGCAAAGAAGAUGUGAAAUUCAUCAGCUGGUUAAAGCAACCUCUUGGACAGAAGCCUCAGGUUGUUGCAAGAAAGUCACAUUACCAAUCAGAUGCUAUAUUUUCAUAUGAGUUUAAAAACAGCACACGUCUCAGUGCUAACGCCACUCAGGGAAAAUUUUACCUGACUAUCUCACAAGUAGAGGCGUCUGAUUCAGCAACUUACUACUGCACUACUGUAUUCUACAGUGAGAUAAGUUUUGAAGAUGGAACUACUUUAAUAGUGAUGGAGUCCCAGAGCAGGACAAUAGUACUCCAGCAGCCCGAAUCUGAGUCAGUGCAGUCAGGAGACUCUGUGACUCUGCAGUGUACAGUACACACUGAGACCUGUGCAGGAGAACACAGUGUGUACUGGUUCAGACAGGCCUCAGGAGAGUCCCCUCCAGGAAUCAUUCACACCCAUGGACACAGGAGUGAUGAGUGCCAGAGGAGCUCUGGGACUGUGUCUCCCACACAGAGCUGUGUCUACAACUUCCCCAAGAGGAACCUCAGCCGCUCUGAUGCUGGGACUUAUUACUGUGCUGUGGCCACCUGUGGGGAGAUCCUGUUUGGGAACGGGACCAAACUGGAUGUUGAGGGAGCAAAAGCAACGAGAAUUCCAGAGACAGUUCUGUUCUGGUAA